GCUCACUGCUGCCCCCCCUGGACAGGCGGCUCAAGGUGAAGGAGGUGACUUGCUGUCGACAAUGGCGGCUGCUCGCUUGUAUCUGCUCGCAACAAGACGAGGUCAGCGGGGUGGCAACGUGCCCUGGGGGCUGCAGCUUUCAAAAUGUAAGCACAGGGAAUAUUCAUCAGGCACCACAUUAAAUGAAGUUGUCAUUGUAAGUGCAGCCAGAACUCCCAUUGGUUCUUUUAAGGGAUGCCUUUCCUCAUUAACAGCUCCACAGCUUGGUUCAAUUUCCAUAAAAGCCGCCAUUGAAAGAGCAGGGAUUCCUCCAGAAGAAGUGAAAGAAGUGUACAUGGGCAAUGUUAUACAGGCUGGGGAGGGGCAAGCUCCAGCCAGACAAUCUGCUCUUGGUGCAGGCUUACCGGUCUGCACACCUGCAACAACUGUCAACAAAGUCUGUGCAUCUGGAAUGAAAUCAGUCAUGUUGGCAGCACAAAGCCUAAUGUGUGGACAUCAGGACGUAAUGGUUGCUGGUGGAAUGGAGAGCAUGUCUAAUGUACCAUAUGUAAUGGAUAGAGAAACACCAAUUUAUGGAGGUGUAAAGUUGGAGGACCUAAUUGUAAAGGAUGGAUUAACAGACGUCUACAACAAAUUUCAUAUGGGGAACUGUGCUGAAAAUACUGCAAAGAAGUUUAAGAUUUCGCGUGAAGAACAAGACACUUAUGCAAUUAAUUCAUAUACUAGGAGCAAGGCAUCUUGGGAUUCAAAACUCAUGGCACAAGAGGUGGUUUCAGUCAGUGUUCCUCAGAGAGGUAAACCAGAUCUUGUGAUCAGUGAAGAUGAAGAGUACAAACGUGUUGACUUCAGUAAAGUUCUAAAAAUCAAACCUGUCUUCCAGAAAGAAAAUGGUACAAUUACAGCUGCCAAUGCAAGCACCAUAAAUGAUGGAGCUGCUGCUUUGGUGCUAAUGACUGCAGAGGCUGCUAAAAGACUAAAUGUUACGCCAAUGGCACGAAUUAUAGCAUUUGGGGAUGCUGCAGUUGAUCCAAUUGACUUUCCAAUUGCUCCUGCUUUUGCUGUUCCAAAGCUUCUGAAAACAACAGGUAUAAAGAAAGAAGAUAUUGCGAUGUGGGAGAUUAAUGAAGCCUUUAGCGUUGUUGUUCUGGCAAAUAUCAAAAUGUUGGAGAUUGAUCCUCAGAAAGUUAAUAUCAAUGGUGGGGCAGUAUCUCUGGGUCACCCCAUCGGGAUGUCUGGGGCAAGAAUUGUCAGUCACAUGGCUUACAAUCUAAAGCCGGGAGAGUAUGGCCUAGCUGGAAUUUGUAAUGGAGGUGGUGGUGCUUCUUCCAUCAUUAUUCAACGAUUGUAAGAUACCAACUGUCUUAUUUGUGAUUCAAGGGCUAAGUUAUCCUAGCUGGCCAUCGUGAUGAGUACUGGAAAAAAUAAUUUUGUAUAAUUGUUUAAUGUUUAUGGAUUUGUCAUCCAAAAACUAUUCCUGCAUUGAUGGCAAAUAUUACUGAUUUAUGGAGGUACUGUGUAAAUCAUGGUAAUAACAUUGUCUGUACUUUAAAUAUUCUAUGUGUCAUUGUACUCCACGAUAAAAUCAGUGUGGCCUUGUGUCAUUUUGAAUCCAAACUAUAUUGGAUAUGGUUGAUUUAAAAAGAAAUUAACCAUAUAUUAGCAGAUAGUGGUUACAAUUCAUCUAGAUAACAUAUUAAGACCACAAUUUGGGCCUAAUUGUAAAAAUCUACUAUGUAUUAAUAAAUUAAUUGUAUAAUCAAAGCCAUACAAAUGUUUAAGUGGGAGAAUAAAAAAAACAAUAGUGCAAUGUCUCACUUUUUAUCCGGGUGGAAAAAAACAUUUACCAGUUAUUUGGUGUAGACAUGUCCCUUGGGUAAAUUUGAGCAUGGGAUUGUGUCUGGUAUUUCUGCACAAAAUGAAAUCCUAAUUAGCCGAGUUAAAAUUCCUUUAUCCACUUUCUCAGAAUUGACCUCAUCCUGGCUUGCGGUUACUUGUCAACAUACCCAAUCAGUUAAAGUUCUUAUUGUUUAAAGUGAUCAUUGUAAUGAAAGUAAUUCUAACAGA